AUGGAGGCGAUGCUGUGGCAGGGUCUGCCACAUGGCGGCGUGCGAGUGGUCCACGAUAUCCGCUACGGCCCUCGACCGCGCAACACUCUUGACAUCUACAUGCCACCAGAUCUGACACUUGACAGCAAUGCAGCAGAAAGCAGCAGCAGCAGCAGCAGCAGCACCGAAGGAAGCAAGGGGCGGCCGGUGGUGUUUUUUGUGCACGGGGGAGUGUGGGCGAGUGGCGAGAAGUGGAUGUAUUCUCCGCUCGCAAUCCGAUUCGCUCAGUCAGGGGCGGUGGUGGUUACCAUUCAGUACACUCUCUACCCCGAGGCCCAUGGCAUCCACCAGGCUCAAGAAACGCCAGCCGCGCGCUCUCUCUUGGGCAUUGGAUCACAUUCACGAGUCAUUGCCAUCCACCAAGUGUCUUCCUCCCCCAUCCUACCUUCUCCAUUCAUCCCACCUCCUCACCGACAGGUCAUUGCCAUCCACCAAGUGUCUUCCUCCCCCAUCCUACCUUCUCCAUUCAUCCCACCUCCUCACCGACAGGUCAUUGCCAUCCACCAAGUGUCUUCCUCCCCCAUCCUACCUUCUCCAUUCAUCCCACCUCCUCACCGACAGGUCAUUGCCAUCCACCAAGUGCACGAAACGUCCAGGGCGCUCUCAUGGGCGAUGGACCACAUUCACGAGUAUGGGGGCGACCCCUCGCGCAUCUUCCUCACAGGCCACUCCUCAGGCGCCCACGUCUGCUCCAUGGUUGUGUGGCGCCGCCUCAGAAGCAGAGCACUUGAGCAGCUGGCAGCAGUCAGCGCUGCUGCUGCUGCCUCCCUCCGGCCCUCCCUCUCUGCCGCCCUCAAAUCGGGGUCACCCCGCUCAUUUGCCACGUCAGCUGGUCCCAACGCCACGUCAGAGGGUCCAAAUUCCACGUCAUCAUAUGGUCCAGUGAAAUUAUUAGCUAACUCUGAUGAAGGAAUCACCAACCGCCAACCAGCUGCUGCCAAGUCCUCAUCAGUAUCGUCCUUGUCAGUAGGAGGAGCAAGAGCAGCAGGAGCAGCAGGUAUAAGGAGUGAACAGGCAGCAAGAGCAGUCAGAGCAGCAGGAGCAGCGGGUGUAAGGAGUGAACAGGCAGCAAGAGCAGCAAGAGCAGCAGGAGCAGCAGGUGUAAGGAGUGAACAGGCAGCAAGAGCAGCAAGAGCAGCAGGAGCAACAGGUGUAAGGAGUGAAAAGGCAGGUGCAAGUGAUGCUGGUAUGCAUGUGACCAGUACAGAAAGGAGAAGCGUGAUCUCACGAGGGGGAAAUCCCACCUCAGUGGCAGAUGCAGUCAACAGAGCGACAUCAAAAGAAGCAGCGAAGCAGGCCCUUCGAUCCCACCUCCUCAACUCGUCAGCUUUCAGGCAACGGGUAGGUGCCGCACCAUCUGAUGCCACACCAACUGAUGCCACACCAACUGAUGCCACACCAACUGAUGCCACACCAGCUGCCACCAUGCUACCUCCAGCGUCAUCCCUGCCUGCAUCUUCGCCUCUCCAACCAGCCCAGGAGUUCACCCAACCCGCUGAUGCCACAGCGACUGACGCCAUGAUACCUCCAACGUCAUCCUUGCCAGCAUCUUCACCACUCCAACCAGCCCAAGAGUUCACCGUCUCUCCUCCCUUCUCCGUCUCCUCCUCUUACACAGCUGCUGCAGCAGCGGUGGCAGCAGAUCCCACAGGCACACCUUCAGGAAACGCCUCAUCUCCUUCUUCCGAUCAAGAAGCAUCCUCCUCUCAAGAGGCAGACCCCCUCUCCUCUGACUGCUUCUCCUCUAGGUUCCUCGCCAAGUUGCCGCCCCCUCCUCUCGACAUUCUCAGGCAGGAGCUGGGAGGGGGUGUUGCUGAAGCUGUUGUGGCUGCUCUUGCUUCAGGACAGCUGAACCUGCUCUCCUCACCCCCAUCCUCCUCUCCCUCUCCGUCCUCCUCUUCCUCCUCCUCCUCGUCUUCCUCCUCUUUUCCUCCCUCUUCAACCUCCUCCUCCUCUGCUUCUCCAGUUCCCUCUUCUCCCUCCCCUCCCUCCUCCACGCUUCUCCUCCCCAUCAUCCUCCUUCAGUGCAGUACUGCUGACUCUAUAGUCCCCACCGAAACAUCUCUCUUUCUCAUCCGCUCGCUUCACCACCUCAACUCCUUCCUUCGCCCCUCGCCUCCUCCCAGCCAGCUCAAGUUUGGGGGAGAGGGGGGCAGAUCGGGGGAUGAAAAAACUGACGGGAGGGGAACAGGGGAGGGAGCAGGAGGAGCAGGAGUAGGAGGAGGGGGAGUGGGGAUUCGUGCAAAGGCUUUGGUUUAUGAGGAUGUUGGUCAUUCGGCUUUUGCGUGCUGGGCUGUGAGAGGCGAGAGGAGAGGGAGAAGGGACGGAGAGGGGGGUGGAGGAGGGGGGGUUGUGAAGGGUGGAGUGCGGGAUGGGGUGAGCGAUGGGGAGGUGGGGGGAGGAGGGAAGGAGGAGGAAGGGGAGUGGAAGGGAGGGAUGUUAAUGAGAAGCAAGAGCAUGAGGAAACUGAGUCAACUGAGUCAACAGAGUCAACGAGAGGGAGAAGAUGGCGGGGCAGAGACCGCAGAUGGGGAGGAGAGGGUGGAAGUGGCGGGGCAAGUGUUAUCUAGUGGAGGUGCAUCUGAUGAGAUGGGGCCACGGCUCUUGGCACAGGAAGGCAAGAGCGGGCUGGCUGAGGAGGCCAUGGAAGAGGCACACGAGGGAGGUCCUACCGGCACGGCUCUUCCCCACCAACACCUAGUUGCCCCUCGGGAUGGUGACCUCCGCACUAGGAUGGAGGUCGCCAGAGUUGGGGAUGAUACAAUGGUAGAAGAGGUUGCGCUCAUCUCCCAUGCCCCCCCUCCCACCACUGCGGGCAGCCCCACCCCGCCCCCGACAGCUCAACUGAGAUGUCAGGAGGGUGAGCUAAGGCCAUUGCCACAUCCACCCGCAUCCCAACCACAUGGCCAGGCAAGGCGUGCCUCAUCUUUCGCUGAACCAGCUCAUCCUUCCUCCCUUACAGACGGGGAGGCGUUGGAGUCCACAUCGGGUACGUGCCCUUGCAGCCCCCCCCUCAAGGACCUCUCUCUUGCGGGCCCCAUCCAACUCGACCCCUUCCGCCCAUCUCCGAUGGAGACCGGCCUUAAAAAAGACCGUGUGCUCCACAUAUAG